AUGGAAGCUAUUGGAAUUAAAGAUGAAAAACAAGAGAUUGUAAAUAAUGAUGAUAACAGUACGGAUGAAGAAGAAUUUUAUAUAAUGGCAGAUACUGGAAAUGAAAUUGAACAAUCGCUUAUAUUGAAACAUGUUGAAAAUGGUGAUGUUCGUUCCGUCGACUUGGAUGGAGAUAAUCCCUAUCUACAAAUUGGACCAUUUACAUUUCAAGGCCAUUACGAGUAUGUUUUGGGUACAAAUAUGUUUUUUACAACAACAUCCACACCAAUAAAUCAAGAUACCGAUGAUCAUUCAAAUCAAAAUUUACAAUUAAUUGGAACAAGCGAUAAGAAAUUAAACUUAACUCGUUGUUAUAUUUAUCCAAAAGAACAGAUCACAACCACCACUACGAAGGAUUAG